AUGGUUUUCGGCUGGGGCGAAUCUCAAGAACACUACGACCAAUACCAAAGCGAAGACACUGCCAGUCUCGGUCAUGAGGUUCUCGCAGGAGGUGCUGGUUUCGCCGCCAUGAAGAUGUUCGAAGACAGACAACGCAAGGAAGGAAAGCCAGUCUCCCACGCUUUUGCUAAGGAGCUUCUCGCCGGUUUCGCCUCCGCUGAAGUCGACAAGUUGGCUGAGACCAAGGGUGAGGACUGGAUCCGUGAGCAUCGAAUGAGAGAAAGGUCAGAGGAACAAGCCAAACACUUGUACGAUCAACAUUAUGGCCAGGAUGAUCAAUACGACCCAAACCAACGUGGUCCCCCAGAGCACUUCAACAGCUACGACAACAACUGGUAA